CCUCCCCCCGAGCCGCCACAGACGCCGCCGCCGCGGCUCCGGCAAAAGUUUUCGCCGGAGCGGCCGAGCGCGCCGGUCCCGGUCCCCGCCAGCACCGAGAUGCGCCCGGGAGCCGCCGCGAGCCCAGCCCCGACAGGGUCACCCACGCGCCAGGGCGCUCGUCGCCAGGGCCGAGGAGCUGCCGAGGGCCGGUAGGAAGCCAAGCACCCUGCGCUGCUCCCCAUGCGGCUCACGGCCCGGCGGAGGGAUGUCCCGGCCGUGGCUCCUCAGCCUCCUGCUGCUGCUGCUGCUCUGCUGCCAGGGCCCCUCUGCCCAGAUCACAGAUUUCGUCUUCGAGAACUGGAAGGCGUACAGCGAGGAGUGCCACCGCAACAUGAGCCGCCUGCCCGCGCCCGCAGAGCUGGUCUGUAACCGCACCUUCGACAAGUUUUCCUGCUGGCCCGACACGCUGCCCAACAGCACGGCCAGCGUCCCCUGCCCCUGGUUCCUGCCCUGGUACCAGAAAGUGAAGCACAGACACGUCUUCAAGACCUGCGGGCCGGACGGGCAGUGGGUGACGGGCCCCCGGGGACAGUCCCUGCGCGAUGCCACGCAGUGCGAGCUCGACGCCGAGGACCUGGAGGCGCAGGAAAAGUUCGCCAAGACCUACGGCAGCUUCAAGGUGAUGUACACUGUGGGCUACUCAGUGUCACUGUGUGCGCUGCUCCUCGCCCUGGCCCUGCUGCUGGGCUUCAGCAAGCUGCACUGCAUGAGGAACUACAUCCACAUGAACCUCUUCGCCUCCUUCAUCCUGAAGGGCGUCUCCGUGCUGGUCAUCGACGCUCUGCUCAAGACCCACUACAGUGACAAGAUCGACGACUACAACGUGCACAUCUGGCUGAGCGACGAGGCAGCCGCGGGCUGCCGAGCGGCCACGGUCUUCAUGCAGUACGGCAUCGUGGCGAACUACUGCUGGCUGCUGGUGGAGGGCAUCUACCUGCACAACCUCCUCGUGGUGGCCGUCUUCUCCGAGAGGAGCUACUUCACCCUCUACCUGUGCAUCGGCUGGGGGGCACCCGUGCUGUUCCUCAUCCCCUGGGUUGUCGUGAAGUUCCUCUAUGAAAACAUCCAGUGCUGGACCACCAACAACAACAUGGGCUUCUGGUGGAUCCUUCGCUUCCCCGUGUUCCUGGCCAUCCUGAUCAACUUCUUCAUCUUCAUCCGCAUCAUCCAGAUCCUCGUCUCCAAGCUCCGCGCACACCAAAUGCGCUACACCGACUACAAGUUCAGGUGUGGGGGGGUGGGCACAGCCCUGGUCCUGCAGGCCUGCGGGGGUGCAUGCUGUGUGUGUGUCUGUGUGUGUGUGUGUGUGUGUGUGUGUGCCCACCCCAUGACACCCCACGUCCCCACCCCAGUGACGGGUCCCCCUCCGCACAGGCUGGCCAAAUCCACGCUGACGCUGAUCCCGCUGCUGGGCAUCCAUGAAGUGGUCUUCGCCUUCAUCACGGACGAGCACGCCCAGGGCACCCUGCGCUACGUCAAGCUCUUCUUCGACCUCUUCCUGAGCUCCUUCCAGGGGAUGCUGGUGGCCAUUCUCUACUGCUUCGUCAACAAGGAGGUGCAGGCAGAGCUGCUGAAGAGGUGGCAGCGCUGGAAGCUGGGGAAGGACCUGGCCGAGGAGUACAAGCACACCUACAGCCACGCGCCCAGCGCCCGCAACGGCGCCGGCAGCGCCUGCGAGAAGCACCAGCUGGUGAGCGGCUGCGCCAACGGGCUGGGGCGCAGCCCGGCCGCCGCGCGCCCCGGCACCCACUACCUCGAGAGAAGCGGCCGCAGCACCGCCGAGCACCUCGCCCCGGGGGACCGGCACCACUGCUACGAGUUCCCCGAGACCACGGCCGAGAGCCACUUCUGAGCCCGCAGCCGGAGCGGGAGGGCUGCGCCGGCCCCACGGCUGUGGGAUGGGCCGGGAUGGCGGGGGCAGCCACCGUCCCCCCUCCCCGGCCCCAUCCUGCUCCAGGCGCUGUGCGGGAUCUGCCCGCCCUGGCCAGGACGCGAUGCUGUAUGGGGCUGGCUGCAGCGAGGCACGGCGGGCAGGACCUGGACCUCUGUGGGGAGGGGAUCUGUGGGGCCGGGGGGGGGAAUCUGUGUGUGUGGGGUUCAUCCCGUGCUGCUGCCCUUGUGCGCCUUCGAGACCCUCUGCGCAGUGCUGUAAUUUAUCUGUCGUAACUGUAAAUAGGUGUGGGCCCGUGCCGGGCUGCAGGGCCA